AGAAAACAUGCCUCUUAUAUACGCUAGAGGUAGUACGGUUGAGAGUAACAUUACAAUGUAAGCGAUGCGCCGACAGCUAGCAUCACGCAGCCCAAAGCAACAGCAUCAAAGCAAUUGGGCUGCUUGCUGCUAGCUGGGGGAGAAAGAGUGAAAUUAAAUACGCUACUGCGCUGGUGCUGUAGCAGAGUGCGCCUAGCAAUGAAUGGGGAGUCGUUGCGGUGAGCCCGAACAUACUCCCGCCCGAAAACGAAUGUAAUAGUAGAGAAGCACGAUUCGCGACCAGACACGGGAAAAAGUUUUACAGGGCGACGACGACGACGUAAUUACAAAACGGCGAAUUUUGUGCGGCCAAUGUCGGUUCUUUCGCGGAUGAGAUUGUGAAUCGAGCAAGCAAGCCAUGGAGCAUUUUGCAGGGCGACGAUCCCAAGGAAGCAUCAUCGAAGACGGCUACGCCAAGAUGGACUCCACAAUCGCAGUGGAAGGCGAGAAGCGCUCCUUCUAGCUGUGCCGAGAGUUUCUUCUUUCUCCACGGUUCGGAAAAGGGGAAAAAAUCAAGCGAGGAAAAUUUGUGAUUUUACAACUUGUGUGCUGAAGAAGAAUCAUCCGUCGUGGAACGAAAAAGUGAACACUGAUCAACUAACCACCACCUAACCGGAAGACACCCUGCGAGGUGGUCCAACCGCAGCCAAGCUGCCACCAUUAGUAGCGGCGACCGCAGGAGCAGCACCGUCCGGCCGGCCAUCGGCAGCAGUCGCCGCGUUCAGGACGACUGUCUCGGCGGCAAUACCAUCAGCCCUCGCGAUAGCAUCAACCAGAAGGGUCAGUGCCGUCGUCGGUGGCGGUGGCGCUGGAAGUGGCGGGGGCCUCGGCGGCGGAAGCGGAGGAGGAGGAGGACGGAGGGGAACCACCAUCUUGAGGAGUAGUGCCAUCGCCAGCGCGAGGAAACGCCGAGUGCUGUUGCGCGCCAAGGUGGCAGCCCAGCAGCUUCGACCGACGCGCACUGGCCCGGAUACACGUUCGGCGAUUCUCAGCAGCAGACGACGACGGCAGCGACGGCGACAGUAGCUCCAGCGCCAGGUCAGAGUCAACGGUACCGGAAGUACGGUUCCCAGCAGCAGCAGUAGCGGAAUCAGCCAGAAUAGCACUUCAGUCAGCGUAGCUCCCGUAUCGAAGAUGGUAGUGGCCUCGACCAGCCAUGGAAGCAGCAGUACUUCGAGUUCGACCAUUUCGAGUCAAUCGCGGAGUUCGCAGCCGAAGCUGCAUCAGGUGGGUGCCGUUGGCACCGGGAUGACGCCGAAGGAGCUGUCGGACAAUGACGAUCUCGCGACCGGCCUGGUGCUGGAUCCGAUCCUGGGCUUUCAGACGCACAAGAUGAACCUCAAGUACCGGCCGCUGCGGGUCAACACCGACCCCAUCAAGGACAUCCUGGAGGAGUUCAUCCGGUCGCAGAACUACGCCCGCUGCUACCAGCAGCUGAUGAAAGGGAACUGGAUCCCGCGAGCGGUGCUCAACAAGAGCAAGCUGGCCCAGAAGCGACUGGAAGCGCACAUAUACCGCUACCUUCGGGUGUUCGAUCGCAAUGCGGGAUUCGUGAUAGAGGCGUGCUACCGGUACUCGCUGGAAGGCCAGAAGGGCGCCAAGAUCUGUUCUACGCGCAAGUGGCUGAAGAACGAGAAGAUCGAAUGCUUGGUGGGAUGCAUUGCCGAGCUGACGGAGAAGGAGGAAGACGCGUUGCUGCAGCCGGGCAAGAACGAUUUCUCGGUGAUGUACAGCUGUAGGAAGAACUGUGCGCAGCUUUGGUUGGGACCAGCCGCCUACAUCAACCACGAUUGUCGAGCGAACUGCAAGUUUGUGGCAACGGGGCGAGAUACGGCAUGCGUCAAGGUGUUGCGGGACAUCGAAAUCGGUGAGGAGAUCACCUGCUUCUACGGGGAGGACUUCUUUGGGGAUAACAAUCGGUACUGCGAGUGUGAAACAUGCGAAAGACGAGGGACGGGCGCGUUUGCGAAGGACAAGAACGGCGAGGAACAGAGUCCUAAUGGAGUGCGAUACCGGUUGAGAGAAACAGACAAUCGAUUGAAUCGGUUAAAGAGCAAGAACAACGCUCUGGACCUGUGCAAAACCAGCAUCGGUAAGAGUGAACCUCCGUCUGCGUUGGCUGCCCUUAGCAUGAAGGAGCUACGCGAAAAGGGAAUGACCAAGUACGACGCAGAGAUGCUACUGGCGCAGCAGAAGCCUUCGUUCGAAGCCGUUCGACCGGACCAAUCGACACAGGAAACGGAUCUGAGCAGUAGCACAACUCCAGCUGAACCUUCCGAUGAGAAGAAAGCCAAAGCAAAGCAAACUCCGGAUGUUACAUCGGAGAAAAUGGCAACACGCUCUUCCCGUCGAUUUCAAACCCCAACCGAAGAGAAGAAGCCCCAACCUGCUGCAGCAGCCACAACGGCCAGCCAUCCGGAGGCGACCACAACGGAGGAAGCAUCCACUCCCGUCCCGUUGAAAGCCACCCGAAGCACGCGACCCCUAAGAGAGAACGGCCGCCGAAGGUACAGCAGCAACAGCAGCCUCAACACGGACAUCUCCAGUGUCCUGUCGUCGACGUCUUCGUUCGUAACGGCCAAGACUUCGGUCCCGACGGCUGCCGAACGGAAGAUGAUGCCUCGCUCGAUGAAGCUCCCUUCCGUAUCGCACGAGGACGUCAUCGUAAUCGACGAUGACCACAACAGCAAUCACUCUUUCGCAUCCAAGAGCAGCUGCAGUACUAUCUCGGCCCUCUCGUCCAAGGAACACCUUCAACCGCCAAAGAACAACCACAACACCUGCAGCAGUAGCAACGACAACAACGUCUAUGUGUUCAAUGAUCUCCUUGAAAGUAAUAAUCUAAACGGUUACACGCUAAGAAAUCACCACACCCACCAGCAGGAGCAGAAGCAGCAUCAUCAUCCGCCACAGGAGGAACAACGACAGGAUCCAAGUUCCACCGAAGCACCACCACCGGAAGUUGUGGAACGACCGCCGUCGGUUAAGAGACGCUCCAUCACCGCAGCAAGGCGUUCCAUCACGGAGCACAUCAGUCCCCGCGUGACACGACGGAAGCAGCGGCUGCUCGGCAUGCAACUGGUAUCCGUGACCGAAGCUACAGCAACUGCGAAAACCUCAACACUGCCAGACGAAACGGAAAAGCCACAAACCCCAACGAAAACGACGACGACGACAACCGAGAGGGCAGAGACUGCUACGGAUCUCACAUCGACAAGCGGUGGCGACGGCGGUGGAAGUAGCGGUGCCAGCGGAGGACUCAGCGAUAGCUCCAACCGGGGCAACCGGCGGAAGCAGAAACUGCAGACCCGGAUUAUGCAAGCGGACGAGCUGGUGGCCCUGCAAAGGCAAGCGGCCGAACUGGAGCGAAUCGCGCGGGCAUCGCUAGGGCGUGUCCCGCGGCGACUCGUACUGGACGACGGCACAAACGAGGCCGAAGAUGAGGACGAUGUGAUCCUGUCGAAAGUAACCAAUUGUGAUGAUACUAAUGAUAAGUUGUUAAGAAGUAGAAACCGGCAUGAAGAUGUUAUCGUUCUAAGCAGCGGCAGCAGCAGUAGCAGUAGUAGUAGUGAAAGUAAUAGUGGUAAAUCUAGUGGUAGGAACAAUGGUAGCGCUAGUGUUAGUAAUGGAAAUAGUGAUCGUGUGGGGACCGAGCCGCUAGCUUCGAAGACGGUGAUCGGGUCGCGAAAGCGAAAAGUAUCCAAAAGUGUCAGCGAAUCGGAGAGCAGUUCCAGUUGGGAGAAUAAGGUACCCUUGGAGCAGCGCCUGGUGGAAUCCUGUCUGAGCAACAUACCGAACCAGGAAGCAUUGCUCAAGACUCUGGAGAGACGUUUGAAGCUGACGCUCCGCAUGAAACGGAGUCCGGUGAUCGACGAAAUUAUCGAAUCAGGUAUCGCCAAACAUCGAAACUUUCUACGAGUUCUGCUCAACUCCAGCAACUGCUAGCGAAGGCUGGCGUCAACGCAAUCCCAAAAAAAAAAAUCCCCAUGCACGCGAUCACUGCUUUCGAGUUCCAGAGCUAGUCGUCGGUCUCGGACGAUAUUUGCAAAAUUAGCUUUCGAUUUCGGAAAAAAGUUCCCGUUCGUUUCAUUGUAUGGAAAAAAAGUUCUCUUUAUUUUCGAAACAAAAUUGUUAUGGUUUCGUUUGGAAACUGGCCCCCUCCCAAUUUUUCCCCAUAUAUGUCGCAAAGUGCGUCCGUACACGCAGUAACUAUAAAUUAUUAUUCGCUAAUUUCCAACUAAAGAGAGAGAGAAAGAUAGAUCGAGAAUCCCCCUCCCAAGCAUAUAGAUUAAAGUGUAUGUAUAUGUAUGUGUAUUCGGUACGCUUGUGCGUACGAGGUUAGGCUUAAUUAGUUGUCAUUUACAGUUAUAGUUUCAAAAGCAUACAUUCAUAAGCCCAAAAAU